AUGCUGAACUCUUGGACCUCAACACUAUUCCUGCUUUCAGCGUCCUCAAUAGCUCGGGACAUUACUUUCCCACCAGUUUCACCACUGCAGGCAAACCUAGGAAGUCAUGCAGGCCAAUAUCGAGCAUCCGUCGCCUCGGGCCAGGAUCCCUUGGCUGAGUCCAGCAAGUACUCUGGGCUAACCACCUUUGCCAAUCUUCCAUGGUUACAUUGCUUAUCGCCCGACGACAAUGUCGACAAGUAUGAUAUUGCCUUUUUGGGAGCACCGUUUGACACAGGCACUUCGGCUCGACCAGGGGCGCGAUUUGGUCCAACGGGAAUCAGAUGGGGUUCUAGACGAAUUCAAGCUGCUGCGGGAUGGGAUGCGUAUACCCACGAGAACACGUUCCUGAGCUGGGCGCGCAUCGUGGAUUGUGGCGACGCACCACUCACUUUUCUAGACAACACGGCAGCCUUGCAGCAACUUGAAAAGGCGCACAGGGUGGUUUCUGGCCGAACAGCCAAUGCCACAGAAGUGGCCGAAGUCCCUCGCAUCAUCACGUUGGGAGGUGAUCACACAACCACGUUGGCGGCAUUGCGCUCAACCAUCAGCCAUUGGGGCCCUGUCAGUGUCAUACAUUUUGACAGCCAUAUAGAUACCUGGGAUAUAACUGCGAGGGACAUUGAUAAAAUCGGUGUUGCGGGUAUCAUCGACAAGUUGAAAGCUCGAGUGGGCGACACGAAUGUCUACAUCUCGGUCGAUAUUGACGUCUUGGAUCCUGCAUAUGCUCCGGCCACAGGUACUGCUGAAGUCGGCGGCUGGACCACUAGAGAGCUCCUCAGUAUCUUGGAUGGCCUUGAAGGUGUGAAGGUGAUUGGAGCUGAUGUGGUGGAGGUUGCUCCGAUAUACGACAAUCCUGGAGAAACCACUGGCCUCGCAGCUGCAGAGGUAGCCCACCGACUCAUGAACCUGAUGGUCGAGACUCCGGUGAAGCCAUUGAGGAAGGAAGAUGGUAGGACUUAG